AUGGUGUCUAACUCUGCUACAUUUGAUAAAAGGAAUCCACUUCAAUUACGUGAUGUGGAUGAAGACGAUGAGAUCGAUCCUAAUGACCAAGAAGCAGCUUUGUUAAGACAAGACAUUGAAGGGUCGAGACCCAAAAGUAAAAGAAAUGCUGUGAAAUUGGAUUACGAUUCAGAUUCCUCUGAUGAUGGAGCCUCUAGGAGAAACAAAGUUCAUAAGCAAAAGAAAAAGACUCAAAAGUCUAGUGAGAACAAAGAUGGCGAUUCUGGAUCCGACGAUGACAUGUUCAGUGAUAAUGAUAAUGACGAUUUGAAAGAAGCAGAUGCGAUUGAUAGUGAUACAGAACGUAGAGAAAGUAAAAAGAAAGCGAAAUUUCUAGAUAUGGAUAAGUUCGAAAAGCAAGAAGAGCUUGAAGAUCUUCCAGAAAAUAGUGAUAGCGAUCCUGAUGAUUCUGGCUCUGAUGUUAAUGAGGCCAACGUAGACAUCGACUAUUUCGUUAAUGCUGGCAGUCCAACCACAACAGAUAAUGCAGUUCUCGAUAGCAAACCGAAUAAGGUUAAAAAUGCCAAAAAAACAGAGCCUAAAAUGGAAUCGUUUCACCUUCGUACCGACCUUGAAGAAGGCAAUUUCGAUCAGGAUGGAAAUUUCAUUCGUAAUGCGAUGGAUACUAAUGCUCAUCAAGAUGCCUGGUUGGAUGGACUGAGUAAGCAUGAUAUAAAAGUAGCCAGACAAGCUCACCAGUAUAGAGAGAAGCAUAAUGUAGAACAUGGAGGGGUCGACGAUGAAGAAUCUACAAAGUUUGUUCCUAAGUGCGACGUUAUCGCUGCACUUUUGAGCUAUUUACAAACUGGUGAGUCGCCAUUAGAUGCGCUUCAAAGAUUAAACUCAGCAGCUCCAAAGAAACGACUAGGAAGGAAGUCGGCAUCUCAUGCCCCCCUCAAGGGUGAUAUCAAAACGGAUGCUAAAGAAUCAAUCCGCAUUCAAGCAAUAGAAUCCAUUUCUGAGAAUAGCAACAAGUUAUUACAGGAAUUUGGUCUGACUGAUAUUUAUGAUAAAACUCGAGAAGAGCUUCUUCGGCAAUACCAGAAGGAAACUGGAGAAGUCUACGUUGACUUGAAAAGGAAACGGUCUGAAUCAUCUCUGGAUGGUGACGAUGAUACCAAUGAUCGUGGUGUAGAUGGCACAUCUACACAGUCCAGUUUAUGGGAAUUUAGAUGGGACGAGAGUGAUGAAAUUCAUGGUCCAUAUACCAGUGAGCAGAUGGCGAGCUGGGUAGAAUAUAAUUAUUUUGACGAGAGGGUCUCUGUACGACAGGUGAGUCAGGGUCCUUUAGACUUUGUCCCAUAUGAUCAGGUCACGUUUUUGUAA